AUGGGGAUCGCCAUGGUAUUAAUCGUGCUGUGGGCUACUGUUUUCGUCGUCAUUACAAAGGGGGCCGAGAUCAGCAGCAGGCAAUACAGCACUGAUGACUAUGACAGCGAGAGGAAUGGGUUUUUUCUCGAGGAUAAUAUGCAACGCCAGCGCAGAGAAAGCAGGGGUUUUGGUCACAGACAAGUGCCUCCGUGGGCACGUGCACGCGGUAAUACAAUACCCGGAUAUAGACAUAGUGCACGUGGCGGCAAAAACAAACACUUCGUGAAAUCAGCAGGGCAUGAAGGUCCUUCUGCCGACUGGAGGCGUAUGGUAGCGGACCUGAACAGUGCUUAUCAUGCGACUGGUGCUUCUACUGGAGACAGCCCGACAGAGGUUGCUGAAGACAAAGACCUUCUACAUGAAGCCCUUCUUAUAUACAACAAUCUUUAUCCUAAGCACAACAACAAAGACGUAAAUAAUUUGGAAGCUAGUGAUAUUAAAUCCAUGACGAAUUUUAGAAAUUAUGUGAACACAAGAAAAGAUUCAACCAAAUGGGAAAUGUCGUCAAAGGAAAGCUAUCAGGUACAAGAUGAGCUCCGCAGACUGCUCCAGUUAUACAAGAACGAAUUUUCUGAGCACCAGACUCGGGGAAGAGCCUAUGGGGAUCCUAGGGAAAGAAGUAAAUGGUUGAAUCCGUUAAGUGCUGUUAACAAGGAGAAACAUAUAGCCAAAUCGGAAUUUUCCACGACAGAAGACGAGUCUGCCCACAAAAUCGUGCGCCACGGGGUUGAAGACGAAGUCAGCAAGCUGGCUCAGUUUUACGAGAAUGAAGUUUCCGGGGUCGAGGAACAGGACACAAGCCACGGGACACCCAGGGAUAUGAAGAAAUUGUCACAUUUUCCAAACGAAGCUAAUGUGUAUAAAGAUAUAACAAAAUCAAUAUCUUAUAGAACAAACUGGGAAGCUGUCCACAAAGAGCCUCCCUAUAUAGAGAGACACAGAUGGCAAAAUAACUACAAUGGGCAGGUCACAUCAAAACUAAGUCGCUACUCUCCGAUCGACAAAAGCAGGCGCUGGUUUACCGGCGACACUGUCCCAGCACAAUACCGCGACAGUUCUGGCAACUAUAAAAAUGAUGGUUUGUUCUGGAACUCUCCUGUUGUAGAAGCAUUGCCAAGUCACGACAAAGACAGUAGCCAGCUGAAAGACCCACAUGAUAAAUAUGAAGCUAGCCAGAGGAAACCACAAGAUGAAAAAUACGAAACGUUCAAACGAAAGGAUGCUACUAGCGGGGAGAAAGACAAACUAGCGGAAAUAAACCAAUAUGUCACCAAAUUUGAAGGAAACACUUAUGGCGAUAAUAGCCAUCCAACGUACGAAAAUCAUGGACCCGCAGUUAAGUCCUGGGGAAAGGAAGAAUACAAAGAAGCAAGCACAAACGUUAACUAUGAGCCAAAAUUCCACAAACUAGCAGGAGACAAGUGGACACGAAAUAACGAUAAUUAUAUUACUCGAGGCGAAAGUUACGAAACGUGGAAUGGAAAUGAUAGUCCACGCACGUAUCUUUAUGAUGAUGAUGAUGGGAUACUGUACCAAAAAGAAGACAAUAAAAUAAAAAUUGAUGAUGUUCGCACCCAAUCAGCGACAUGGGCAAAAUCAACAGACAGUGCCGAAGAAUACUUAACAAACGAAAGUACACUAAAGGUGAAAAAUAAUUAUGGCACUCACCCAGCUGACAUUUGGCAUCCCCACUAUGAAGAAAAGUACGCAGUCGAACAAAAAGGAAGCGUUAUCUCGGAGUACUCUAAAACUGACGAUCAUAAUGAAGAUAGUUACUCGGGGGACGCGCUUCACACAUCUCUCAAGGACGAGAUACCUGAGGACAGCACUCUUCGAAGAAUGAAUAAUGAAGAAGAAAGCAAGACAAUAGUUGCCCAUAGUUACUAUUCUCGGGAAGACGAUGUCCGGCACAAAGAACAAAUCACCACGUUAAUAGCAGACUCCCAUAAAACACCAAAAUAUGAAAAGACGACAGUUGGGCGCAACCACUAUUUUCUGGAAGACAACCGGGAAAUGACGAAUCGGUACGAUGUGAGCUACGAAGAACAAAACUCCGUUCCAAUAACAGACUCGAAUAGACCUCUAACAGACAUGAAAGAAAAUUACCACGGUCACACAGAAAACACAGAUUAUGUCUACGACGAUAUGUCUCAAACGCGGUCAUCAGCGGACAGAGAAGAAGUGUUCGUCGAGGAAAGGAGCAGCUCGUGUAUCAAUUGUCAGGCGGUCGAAAAAUCGGUGGUAAUAAAUGACAAUGAACAACGCUAUUCUGAUGAAGUAACAGAUGCGUAUCUGGAAGAUCUGAACGGUAUGGAAAAGUCGUUACAGGAUUCAAAGGAAGAAGGAAAUGAUCACGUACACGUUUCUCAGGGCCAACAUGGAAAAACAACUGGCGACUACAAACCAAUGUCUGUUGAAGGAGAUCGUAUCUCGUGGACUCCCAGCCUGAAUGACGAUACGUCAGGGAUAAACAUUUUGAAUGUUCCGAGCCACUCGAGUAAAGUACCAGAACCGUCCGUAGUCGAAAACCAUAAAGUACAUGAAAACCUGCAACAGUUCCAAAGAGGCGACGAGCCUAAAAAUGACAUUAUUUACAUACAUGAAAAUUACAGAUUAGAGGCUUCAACUAAAAACGACCGGAGCAUACACGAAGAAAUACAAACGCAAUCAUGGGCACUGAAUAGUGGGGAAAAAAGUAGCAACAAAACUGACAAUAAUGUUGAUUAUAUAUACGAUUCCACUGAAAAUUCCACAGCAGACGACGAUGAAAUGUAUGAUGGAGGAGAUCCUACGUUAUGGAUCCCAAGCAAUGAAGACGAUGAAAAAGUCGUGUUAGCCGUGGAUAAAAUAGCCUAUACCCAUCACAACACAAGUAAAUACGUGGAAGACGACCACAUACCUAACGACGUCAAAGUAACAAAUGUGGAAGGAAGCUUCGCUGAACGAGACGAAUUGAAGACUAUGAAAAAAAGCAACGGCGACCAAGAAAUAAUCAGACCACGCUAUGAAAACGUUUGGACAGAAAAUAAAACCAGGAACAGCGAAAAUAACAACUCUGAGACGCAAAAGCCAGAACCAGUUUACCUGCAUACAGGAAAGUACAAAGUAUCAAGUGAAGAUGGAAAACAAGGGUCACCUCCAGAAAACACAGCACAUUCGAUUCCAAGCCACGAAGACGAUAAAUCUCUUGUCGAAGUUCCGGACGAAUUACAUCAUCGCAAAGAGCUACCGAGUAUAAAGAUCCAAAAGGAAAACUUCACACAAAAGUUGUUGCAAAGGACGGAAAAGAACAUAAAAACAGAUGAUGACAUGCACAUAAAACACAGCCAAGACAUAUACAUACCUCAUAGCGAACACAUGCAAAUUUCUAGUAAAUAUGAUAGUAGCACAAGUGAUACAGUACCAACACAUUCAGUAUUCUGGACCAGUGAGGAGUCAGAAAGCAGUGAAACUGUCUCACAUGAAACACAGAUAUCUCAAUCUGUAAACUUGUAUCCAGAGCAAUACGAUGAGACACCUAAGGAAGACAAAAAAUUUCCACCACACAGAAAUGAAGACGGAAUGGCUACGGUCGAUAGCACGAACGAAUUUCAUCCCUCCAAUGCGGCACAGUUUCCAUACGACGCAAACCAACAAUCCACGCAAGAUUCAUGCCUACAAUUAGAAGAGGACAGUAAAAUAGAAGAUAAUAUACAAAUACACAAUAGUGCUGAAAUCGACAUUUCUAGUAAAUAUGAUAGUGAACAAGACGACACAUUACAUAUGCCAUCUGCUGCUUCGUUCAGCGUGGAGUUAAAAAGCAGUGAAAAUGUCACAGAUGAAACACCACAGCCUGAAUCAGUGUACUGGUAUCCAGGUCGAAACAAUAAAUCACUCGAUGCCAGGGCAUCAAUGUCAUUUAAGGAACCAAACGCACUUCCGCAUCAAGGUCAUAAAGGCGGAACGACUAUGAGUGACAAUAAGAACGAAUUUAAUUCCUUCAACGCAGUACCCACUCCAUAUGACGCAUAUAAACAUUCCACGCAUAACUCGCUCCAACAAUCAGAAGAGGACACCAAAAUUGACGAUAAUAUAAAAAUACACGUAAGCGUCCAAAUGGACAUUUCAAGUAAAUAUGAUAGUAGCCAAGACGACAGUUUACAAAUGCCUCCAACAGUCUCGACUGAUGCGGAGCCAGGAAGCUAUGAAUAUGACAGUUACGAUAUACAAAAAUCUCAAACUGUGAACUUGUACCCAGGGCAGAACGAGCAAUCACUCGAACCCACUGAUAAAGAGUCGUCUCUGGAAGACAUCACAUUUAAACUACCAAGCCAUGAAAACCCAACAACAACGGAUGAAGAAACGAACGAAUUUCAUAAAAUCAAAACGGAAGCAACACGAUUUGAUGCAAACCAACACUCCGACAUUCACACGUCCCUAAAAUUAGAAAAAGGUAGUAAAAGAGACGAAAAUGUAUUCGUACAAAAUAUGGACCCAUCACACCAUACUGGCGCAUCAGACACUAAUGCAGAACACACCACACGUCCCAAUCCAAGCAAUAGAGCCAACGUCACUACAGUCUAUAACAAACCGGCAGUAAGUCUCUCCCACAUCCCACUACCUAGAUAUGAUUCACAAACAGACGAAAAACCACAUUCGUCCCAACAACCAAAGGAACAUACCAAGCAUCCCCAAUUUUCCAGUAAACGUGAUAGUAGCGAAAAAUACACACUAAAAACGUCGUCAACCUUCUGGACCACAAAGCAGUUAAGAAGCAAUGAAAACAUAACAGAUAAGAUACCGAAGUCUAAAUCAGCAUACUUGUACCUAGAACAAUAUGAACAAGCAGUCGAUGUCAGCACAUCAGACUCUCCUGCGGAACACACCGCACUUCCACUUCCAAGCGACGAAGACCAAACCACUACAGUCUAUAAUAAGGCCGAAAUAAGAUUCUCCGAUAUGCCACCGUCUCUAUAUCAUUCACACACUGAGUCAACGCAACAUUCGUCCCAACAACCACAGGAAGACUCCAAGAAAGAUGAUAAUGUUUCAAUACCUAAUACCGACCAUCUAGAUUCUUCCACUAAACAUGACAUUAGUGAAGACGACACACUUUCAACGCAUUCAGCUCUCUGGGCCACUGAAGAGUUAGCAAGCAGUGAAAAUAUCACAGAUGAGAUUCCAAAGUCUGAUUCAGGGUACUUGUACCCAGAGCAAUAUGAACAAGCAGCCGAUGCCAGCACAUCAGACUCUCCUGCGGAACACACCACACUUCAGCUUCCAAGCAACGAAGACGAAACCACUACAGUCUAUAAUAAGGCCGAAAUAAGUCUCUCCGAUAUGCCACCGUCUCUAUACGAUACACAAACAGAGUCAGCGCAACAUUCGUCCCAACAACAAGAGGAAGACUCCAAGAAAGAUGAUAAUGUUUCAAUACCUAAUACCGACCAUAUAGACUCUUCCACUAAACGUGACAGUAGCGAAGACGAUACACUUUCAACGCCUUCAGCUGUCUGGAUCACUGAAGAGUUUGCAAGCAGUGAAAAUGUCACAGAUGAGAUACCAAAGUCUGAUUCAGGGUACCUAUACCCAGGGCAAUAUGAACAAGCAACCGAUGCCAGCACAUCAGACUCUACUGCGGAACACACCACACUUCAGCUUCCAAGCAAUGAAGAUGAAAUAACUACAGUCUAUAAUAAGGCCGAAUUAAGUCUCUCCGAUAUGCCAACGUCUCUAUAUGAUACACACACAGAGUCAACGCAAUAUUCGUCCCAACAGCCAGAGGAAGACUCCAAGAAAGAUGAUAACGUUUCAAUACCUAAUACCGACCAUCUAGACUCUUCCACUAAACCUGACAGUAGUGAAGAAGACACACUUUCAACGCCUUCAGCUGUCUGGUCCACUGAAGAGUUAGCAAGCAGUGAAAAUGUCACAGAUGAGACAUCCAAGUCUGAAUCAGGGUACCUGCACCCAGGGCAAUUUGAACAAGCAGCCGAUGCCACCACAUCAGACUCUGCUGCGGAACACACCACACUUCCGCUUCCAAGCAACGAAGCCGAAACCACUACAUUCUAUAACAAGGCCGAAAUAAGUCUCUCCGAUAUGCCAUCGUCUCUAUAUGAUACACACACAGAGUCAAUGCAAUAUUCGACCCAACAGCCAGAGGGAGACUCCAAGAAAGAUGAUAACGUUUCAAUACCUAAUACCGACCAUCUAGACUCAUACACUAAACCUGACGGUAGUGAAGAAGACACACUUUCAACGCCUUCAGCUGUCUGGACCACUGAAGAGUUAGCAAGCAGUGAAAAUGUCACAAAUCAGAUUCCAAAGUCUGAAUCGGGGUACCUGUACCCAGGGCAAUUUGAACAAGCAGCCGAUGCCAGCACAUCAGACUCUCCUGCGGAACACACCACACUUCAGCUUCCAAGCAACGAAGACGAAACCACUACAGUCUAUAAUAAGCCCGAAAUAAGCCUCUCCGAUAUGCCACCGUCUCCAUAUGAGUCACACACAGAGUCAACGAAACAUUCGUCACAACAACCACACCAAAACUCCAAGAAAGAUGAUAAUGUUUCAAUACCUAAUACCGACCAUCUAGACUCUUCCACUAAACAUGACAGUAGCGAAGACGAUACACUUUCAACGCCUUCAGCUGUCUGGACCACUGAAGAGUUAGCAAGCAGUGAAAAUGCCACAGAUGAGAUACCAAAGUCUGAAUCAGGGUACCUACACCCAGGGCAAUUUGAACAAGCAGCCGAUGCCAGCACAUCAGACUCUGCUGCGGAACACACCACACUUCAGCUUCCAAGCAACGAAGACGAAACCACUACAUUCUACAAUAAGGCCGAAAUAAGUCUCUCCGAUAUGCCACCGUCACUAUAUGAUACACACACAGAGUCAAUGCAAUAUUCGGCCCAACAGCCAGAGGGAGACUCCAAGAGGGAUGACAACGUUUCAAUACCUAAUACCGACCAUCUAGACUAUUCCACUAAAUCUGACAGUAGUGAACAAGACACACUUUCAACGCCUUCAGCUGUCUGGACCACUGAAGAGUUAGCAAGCAGUGAAAAUGUCACAGAUGAGAUACCAAAGUCUGAAUCAGGGGACAUGCACCCAGGGCAAUUUGAACAAGCAGCUGAUACCAGCACAUCAGACUCUCCUGCGGAACACACCACACUUCAACUUCCAAGCAACGAAGACGAAACCACUACAUUCUACAAUAAGGCCGAAAUAAGUCUCUCCGAUAUGCCACCGUCUCUAUAUGAUACACAAACAGAGUCAAUGCAAUAUUCGACCCAACAGCCAGAGGGAGACUCCAAGAAAGAUGAUAGCGUUUUAAUACCUAAUACCGACCAUCUAGAAUCUUCCACUAAACCUGACGGUAGUGAAGAAGACACACUUUCAACGCCUUCAGCUGUCUGGACCACUGAAGAGUUAGCAAGCAGUGAAAAUGUCACAGAUGAGAUACCAAAGUCUGAAUCAGGGUAUCUGCACCCAGGGCAAUUUGAACAAGCAGCCGAUACCAGCACAUCAGACUCUCCUGCGGAACACACCACACUUCAGCUUCCAAGCAACGAAGACGAAACCACUACAUUCUACAAUAAGGCCGAAAUAAGUCUCUCCGAUAUGCCACCAUCUCUAUAUGAUACACACACAGAGUCAACGCAUUGUUCGUCCCAACAGCGAGAGGAAGACUCCAAGAAAGAUGAUAACGUUUCAAUACCUAAUACCGACCAUCUAGACUCUUCCACUAAACCUGACAGUAGUGAAGAAGACACACUUUCAACGCCUUCAGCUGUCUGGACCACUGAAGAGUUAGCAAGCAGUGAAAAUGUCACAGAUGAGAUACCAAAGUCUGAAUCAGGGUACCUGCACCCAGGGCAAUUUGAACAAGCAGCCGAUGCCAGCACAUCAGACUCUGCUGCGGAACACACCACACUUCCGCUUCCAAGCAACGAAGACGAAACCACUACAUUCUACAAUAAGGCCGAAAUAAGUCUCUCCGAUAUGCCACCAUCACUAUAUGAUACACACACAGAGUCAAUGCAAUAUUCGACCCAACAGCCAGAGGGAGACUCAAAGAAAGAUGAUAACGUUUCAAUACCUAAUACCGACCAUCUAGACUCUUCCACUAAACCUGACAGUAGUGAAGAAGACACACUUUCAACGCCUUCAGCUGUCUGGAUAACUGAAGAGUUAGCAAGCAGUGAAAAUGUCACAGAUGAGAUACCAAAGUCUGAAUCAGGGUACCUGCACCCAGGGCAAUUUGAACAAGCAGCCGAUGCCAGCACAUCAGACUCUCCUGCGGAACACACCACACUUCCGCUUCCAAGCAACGAAGACGAAACCACUACAGUCUACAAUAAAGCCGAAAUAAGUCUCUCCGAUAUGCCACAGUCACUAUAUGAUACACACACAGAGUCAAUGCAAUAUUCGACCCAAAAGCCAGAGGGAGACUCCAAGAAAGAUGAUAACGUUUCAAUACCUAAUACCGACCAUCUAGACUCUUCCACUAAACCUGACAGUAGUGAAGAAGACACACUUUCAACGCCUUCAGCUGUCUGGACCACUGACAAGUUAGCAAGCAGUGAAAAUGUCACAGAUGAGAUACCAAAGUCUGAAUCAGGGUACCUGCACCCAGGGCAAGAUGAACAAGCAGCCGAUGCCAGCACAUCAGACUCUGCUGCGGAACACACCACACUUCCGCUUCCAAGCAACGAAGACGAAACCACUACAUUCUACAAUAAGGCCGAAAUAAGUCUCUCCGAUAUGCCACCGUCACUAUAUGAUACACACACAGAGUCAAUCCAAUAUUCGACCCAACAGCCAGAGAGAGACUCCAACAAAGAUGAUAACGUCUCAAUACCUAAUACCGACCAUUUAGACUCUUCCACUAAACCUGACAGUAGUGAAGAAGACACACUUUCAACGCCUUCAGCUGUCUGGACCACUGAAGAGUUAGCAAGCAGUGAAAAUGUCACAGAUGAGAUACCAAAGUCUGAAUCAGGGUACCUGCACCCAGGGCAAUUUGAACAAGCAGCCGAUGCCAGCACAUCAGACUCUGCUGCGGAACACACCACACUUCCGCUUCCAAGCAACGAAGACGAAACCACUACAUUCUACAAUAAGGCCGAAAUAAGUCUCUCCGAUAUGCCACCAUCACUAUAUGAUACACACACAGAGUCAAUGCAAUAUUCGACCCAACAGCCAGAGGGAGACUCAAAGAAAGAUGAUAACGUUUCAAUACCUAAUACCGACCAUCUAGACUCUUCCACUAAACCUGACAGUAGUGAAGAAGACACACUUUCAACGCCUUCAGCUGUCUGGAUAACUGAAGAGUUAGCAAGCAGUGAAAAUGUCACAGAUGAGAUACCAAAGUCUGAAUCAGGGUACCUGCACCCAGGGCAAUUUGAACAAGCAGCCGAUGCCAGCACAUCAGACUCUCCUGCGGAACACACAACACUUCAGCUUCCAAGCAACGAAGACGAAACCACUACAUUCUACAAUAAGGCCGAAAUUAGUCUCUCCGAUAUGCCAACGUCUCUAUAUGAUACACCUACAGAGUCAAUGCAGUAUUCGACCCAACAGCCAGAGAGAGACCCCAAGAAAGAUGAUAACGUUUCAAUACCUAAUACCGACCAUCUAGACUCUUCCACCAAACCUGACAGUAGUGAAGAAGACACACUUUCAACGCCAUCAGCUGUCUGGACCACUGAAGAGUUAGCAAGCAGUGAAAAUGCAACAGAUGAGAUACCAAAGUCUGAAUCAGGGUACCUGCACCCAGGGCAAUUUGAACAAGCAGCCGAUGCCAGCACAUCAGACUCUGCUGCGGAACACACCACACUUCCGCUUCCAAGCAACGAAGACGAAACCACUACAGUCUACAAUAAAGCCGAAAUAAGUCUCUCCGAUAUGCCACAGUCACUAUAUGAUACACACACAGAGUCAAUGCAAUAUUCGACCCAAAAGCCAGAGGGAGACUCCAAGAAAGAUGAUAACGUUUCAAUACCUAAUACCGACCAUCUAGACUCUUCCACUAAACCUGACAGUAGUGAAGAAGACACACUUUCAACGCCUUCAGCUGUCUGGACCACUGAAAAGUUAGCAAGCAGUGAAAAUGUCACAGAUGAGAUACCAAAGUCUGAAUCAGGGUACCUGCACCCAGGGCAAGAUGAACAAGCAGCCGAUGCCAGCACAUCAGACUCUGCUGCGGAACACACCACACUUCCGCUUCCAAGCAACGAAGACGAAACCACUACAUUCUACAAUAAGGCCGAAAUAAGUCUCUCCGAUAUGCCACCGUCACUAUAUGAUACACACACAGAGUCAAUCCAAUAUUCGACCCAACAGCCAGAGAGAGACUCCAACAAAGAUGAUAACGUCUCAAUACCUAAUACCGACCAUUUAGACUCUUCCACUAAACCUGACAGUAGUGAAGAAGACACACUUUCAACGCCUUCAGCUGUCUGGACCACUGAAGAGUUAGCAAGCAGUGAAAAUGUCACAGAUGAGAUACCAAAGUCUGAAUCAGGGUACCUGCACCCAGGGCAAUUUGAACAAGCAGCCGAUGCCAGCACAUCAGACUCUGCUGCGGAACACACCACACUUCAGCUUCCAAGCAACGAAGACGAAACCACUACAUUCUACAAUAAGGCCGAAAUAAGUCUCUCCGAUAUGCCACCGUCUCUAUAUGACACACCCACAGAGUCAAUGCAAUAUUCUACCCAACAGCCAGAGGGAGACUCCAAGAAAGAUGAUAACGUUUCAAUACCUAAUACCGACCAACUAGACUCUUCCACUAAACCUGACAGUAGUGAAGAAGACACACUUUCAACGCCUUCAGCUGUCUGGACCACUGAAGAGUUAGCAUGCAGUGAAAAUGUCACAGAUGAGAUACCAAAGUCUGAAUCAGGGUACCUGCACCCAGGGCAAUUUGAACAAACAGCCGAUGCCAGCACAUCAGACUCUGCUGCGGAACACACCACACUUCCGCUUCCAAGCAACGAAGACGAAACCACUACAUUCUACAAUAAGGCCGAAAUAAGUCUCUCCGAUAUGCCACCGUCUCUGUAUGAUACACCCACAGAGUCAAUGCAAUAUUCGACCCAACAGCCAGAGGGAGACUCCAAGAAAGAUGAUAACAUUUCAAUACCUAAUACCGACCAUCUAGACUCUUCCACUAAACCUGACAGUAGUGAAGAAGACACACUUUCAACGCCUUCAGCUGUCUGGACCACUGAAGAGUUAGCAAGCAGUGAAAAUGUCACAGAUGAAAUACCAAAGUCUGAAUCAGGGUACCUGCAGCCAGGGCAAUUUGAACAAGCAGCCGAUGCCAGCACAUCAGACUCUCCUGCGGAACACACAACACUUCCGCUUCCAAGCAACGAAGCCGAAACCACUACAUUCUAUGACAAGGCCGAAAUAAGUCUCUCCGAUUUGCCACCGUCUCUAUACGAUACACACUCAGAGUCAGCGCAACAUUCGUCCCAACAGCCAGAGGAAAACUCCAAGAAAAAUGAUAAUGUUUCAAUACCUAAUACCGACGAUCGAGACUCUUCCACUAAACCUGACAGUAGUGAAGAAGACACACUUUCAACGCCUUCAGCUGUCUGGACCACUGAAGAGUUAGCAAGCAGUGAAAAUGUCACAGAUGAGAUACCAAAGUCUGAAUCAGGGUACCUGCACCCAGGGCAAUUUGAACAAGCAGCCGAUCCCAGCACAUCAGACUCUGCUGCGGAACACACCACACUUCCACUUCCAAGCAACGAAGACGAAACCACUACAUUCUACAAUAAGGCCGAAAUAAGUCUCUCCGAUAUGCCACGGUCACUAUAUGAUGCACACACAGAGUCAAUGCAAUAUUCGACCCAACAGCCAGAGGGAGACUCCAAGAAAGAUGAUAACGUUUCAAUACCUAAUACCGACCAUCUAGACUCUUCCACUAAACCUGACAGUAGUGAAGAAGACACACUUUCAACGCCUUCAGCUGUCUGGACCACUGAAGAGUUAGCAAGCAGUGAAAAUGUCACAGAUGAGAUACCAAAGUCUGGAUCAGGGUACCUGCACCCAGGGCAAUUUGAACAAGCAGCCGAUGCCAGCACAUCAGACUCUGCUGCGGAACACACCACACUUCCGGUUCCAAGCAACGAAGACGAAACCACUACAUACUACAAUAUGGCCCAAAUAAGUCUCUCCGAUAUGCCACCGUCACUAUAUGAUACACACACAGAGUCAAUCCAAUGUUCGAACCAGCAGCCAGAGGGAGACUCCAAGAAAGAUGAUAACGCUUCAAUACCAAAUACCGACCAUCUAGACUCUUCCACUAAACCUGACAGUAGUGAAGAAGACACACUUUCAACGACUUCAGCUGUCUGGACCACUGAAGAGUUAGCAAGCAGUGAAAAUGUCACAGAUGAGAUACCAAAGUCUGAAACAGGGUACCUGCACCCAGGGCAAUUUGAACAAGCAGCCGAUGCCAGCACAUCAGACUCUGCUGCGGAACACACCACACUUCCGCUUCCAAGCAACGAAGACGAAACCACUAUAUUCUACAAUAAGGCCGACAUAAGUCUCUCCGAUAUGCCACCGUCACUAUAUGAUACACACACAGAGUCAAUGCAAUAUUCGACCCAACAGCCAGAGGGAGACUCCAAGAAAGAUGAUAACGUUUCAAUACCUAAUACCGACCAUCUAGACUCUUCCACUAAACCUGACAGUAGUGAAGAAGACACACUUUCAACGCCUUCAGCUGUCUGGACCACUGAAGAGUCAGCAAGCAGUGAAAAUGUCACAGAUGAGAUACCAAAGUCUGGAUCAGGGUACCUGCACCCAAGGCAAUUUGAACAAGCAGCCGAUGCCAGCACAUCAGACUCUCCUGCGGAACACACCACACUUCCGGUUCCAAGCAACGAAGACGAAACCACUACAUACUACAAUAAGGCCGAAAUAAGUCUCUCCGAUAUGCCACCGUCACUAUAUGAUACACACACAGAGUCAAUCCAAUAUUCGACCCAACAGUCAGAGGGAGACUCCAAGAAAGAUGAUAACGUUUCAAUACCAAAUACCGACCAUCUAGACUCUUCCACUAAACCUGACAGUAGUGAAGAAGACACACUUUCAACGCCUUCAGCUGUCUGGACCACUGAAGAGUUAGCAAGCAGUGAAAAUGUCACAGAUGAGAUACCAAAGUCUGAAUCAGGGAACCUGCACCCAGGGCAAUUUGAACAAGCAGCCGAUGCCAGCACAUCAGACUCUGCUGCGGAACACACCACACUUCAGCUUCCAAGCAACGAAGACGAAACCACUACAUUCUACAAUAAGGCCGAAAUAAGUCUCUCGUAUGUGCCACCGUCUCUAUAUGAUACACCCACAGAGUCAAUGCAAUAUUCGACCCAACAGCCAGAGGGAGACUCCAAGGAAGAUGAUAACGUUUCAAUACCUAAUACCGACCAUCUAGACUCUUCCACUAAACCUGACAGUAGUGAAGAAGACACACUUUCAACGCCUUCAGCUGUCUGGACCACUGAAGAGUUAGCAAGCAGUGAAAAUGUCACAGAUGAGAUACCAAAGUCUGAAUCAGGGUACCUGCACCCAGGGCAAUUUGAACAAGCAGCCGAUGCCAGCACAUCAGACUCUCCUGCGGAACUCACAACACUUCCGCUACCAAGCAACGAAGCCGAAACCACUACAUUCUAUGACAAGGCCGAAAUAAGUCUCUCCGAUUUGCCACCGUCCCUAUAUGAUACACACUCAGAGUCAGCGCAACAUUCGUAUCAACAGCCAGAGGAAAACUCCAAGAAAAGUGAUAAUGUUUCAAUACCUAAUACCGACGAUCUAGACUCUUCCACUAAACCUGACAGUAGUGAAGAAACACUCUCAACGCCUUCAGCUGUCUGGACCACUGAAGAGUUAGCAAGCAGUGAAAAUGUCACAGAUGAGAUACCAAAGUCUGAAUCAGGGUACCUGCACCCAGGGCAAUUUGAACAAGCAGCUGAUGCCAGCACAUCAGACUCUGCUGCGGAACACACCACACUUCCGCUCUCAAGCAACGAAGACGAAACCACUACAGUCUACAAUAAGGCCGAAAUAAGUCUCUCCAAUAUGCCAAUGUCACUAUACGAUACACACACAGAGUCAAUGCAAUAUUCGACCCAACAGCCAGAGGUAGACACCAAGAAACAUGAUAACGUUUCAAUACCUAAUACCGACCAUCUAGACUCUUCCACUAAACCUGACAGUAGUGAAGAAGACACACUUUCAACGCCUUCAGCUGUCUGGACCACUGAAGAGUUAGCAAGCAGUGAAAAUGUCACAGAUGAGAUACCAAAGUCUGAAUCACGGUACCUGCACCCAGGGCAAUUUGAACAAGCAGCCGAUGCCAGCACAUCAGACUCUGCUGCGGAACACACCACACUUCCGCUUCCAAGCAACGAAGACGAAACCACUACAUUCUACAAUAAGGCCGAAAUAAGUCUCUCCGAUAUGCCACCGUCUCUAUAUGAUACACCCACAGAGUCAAUGCAAUAUUCGACCCAACAGCCAGAGGGAGACUCCAAGAAAGAUGAUAACGUUUCAAUACCUAAUACCGACCAUCUAGACUCUUCCACUAAACCUGACAGUAGUGAAGAAGACACACUUUCAACGCCUUCAGCUGUCUGGACCACUGAAGAGUUAGCAAGCAGUGAAAAUGUCACAGAUGAGAUACCAAUGUCUGAAUCAGGGAACCUGCACCCAGGGCAAUUUGAACAAACAGCCGAUGCCAGCACAUCAGACUCUCCUGUUGAACACACAACACUUCCGCUUCCAAGCAACGAAGCCGAAACCACUACAUUCUAUGACAAGGCCGAAAUAAGUCUCUCCGAUUUGCAGCCGUCUCUAUAUGAUACACACUCAGAGUCAGCGCAACAUUCGUCCCAACAGCCAGAGGAAAACUCCAAGAAAGAUGACAAUGUUUCGAUACCUAAUACCGACGAUCGAGACUCUUCCACUAAACCUGACAGUAGUGAAGAAGACACACUUUCAACGCCUUCAGCUGUCUGGACCACUGAAGAGUUAGCAAACAGUGAAAAUGUCACAGAUGAGAUACCAAAGUCUGAAUCAGGGUACCUGCACCCAGGGCAAUUUGAACAAGCAGCCGAUGCCAGCACAUCAGACUCUGCUGCGGAACACACCACACUUUCGCUUCCAAGCAACGAAGACGAAACCACUACAUUCUACAAUAAGGCCGAAAUAAGUCUCUCCGAUAUGCCACCGUCACUAUAUGAUACACACACAGAGUCAAUGCAAUAUUCGACCCAACAGCCAGAGGGAGGCUCCAAGAAAGAUGAUAACGUUUCAAUACCUAAUACCGACCAUCUAGACUCUUCCACUAAACCUGACAGUUGUGAAGAAGACACACUUUCAACGUCUUCAGCUGUAUGGACCACUGAAGAGUUAGCAAGCAGUGAAAAUGUCACAGAUGAGAUACCAAAGUCUGAAACAGGGUACCUGCACCGAGGGCAAUUUGAACAAGCAGCCGAUGCCAGCACAUCAGACUCUGCUGCGGAACACACCACACUUUCGCUUCCAAGCAACGAAGACGAAACCACUACAUUCUACAAUAAGGCCGAAAUAAGUCUCUCCGAUAUGCCACCGUCACUAUAUGAUACACACACAGAGUCAAUGCAAUAUUCGACCCAACAGCCAGAGGGAGGCUCCAAGAAAGAUGAUAACGUUUCAAUACCUAAUACCGACCAUCUAGACUCUUCCACUAAACCUGACAGUAGUGAAGAACACACACUUUCAACGCCUUCAGCUGUCUGGACCACUGAAGAGUUAGCAAGCAGUGAAAAUGUCACAGAUGAGAUACCAAAGUCUGAAUCAGGGUACCUGCACCCAGGGCAUAUUGAACCAGCAGCCGAUGCCAGCACAUCAGACUCUGCUGCGGAACACACCACACUUCAGCUUCCAAGCAACGAAGACGAAACCACUACAUUCUACAAUAAGGCCGAAAUAAGUCUCUCCGAUAUGCCACCGUCUCUAUAUGAUACACCCACAGAGUCAAUGCAAUAUUCGACUCAACAGCCAGAGGGAGACUCCAAGAAAGAUGAUAACGUUUCAAUACCUAAUACCGACCAUCUAGACUCUUCCACUAAACCUGACAGUAGUGAAGAAGACACACUUUCAACGCCUUCAGCUGUCUGGACCACUGAAGAGUUAGCAAGCAGUGAAAAUGUCACAGAUGAGAUACCAAAGUCUGAAUCAGGGAACCUGCACCCAGGGCAAUUUGAACAAGCAGCCGAUGCCAGCACAUCAGACUCUGCUGCGGAACACACCACACUUCAGCUUCCAAGCAACGAAGACGAAACCACUACAUUCUACAAUAAGGCCGAAAUAAGUCUCUCCGAUAUGCCACCGUCACUAUACGAUACACACACAGAGUCAAUGCAAUAUUCGACCCAACAGCCAGAGGGAGACUCCAAGAAAGAUGAUAACGUUUCAAUACCUAAUACCGACCAUCUAGACUCUUCCACUAAACCUGACAGUAGUGAAGAAGACACACUUUCAACGCCUUCAGCUGUCUGGACCACUGAAGAGUUAGCAAGCAGUGAAAAUGUCACAGAUGAGACACCAAAGUCUGAAACAGGGUACCUGCACCGAGGGCAAUUUGAACAAGCAGCCGAUGCCAGCACAUCAGACUCUGCUGCGGAACACACCACACUUUCGCUUCCAAGCAACGAAGACGAAACCACUACAUUCUACAAUAAGGCCGAAAUAAGUUUCUCCGAUAUGCCACCGUCACUAUAUGAUACACACACAGAGUCAAUCCAAUAUUCGACCCAACAGCCAGAGGGAGACUCCAAGAAAGAUGAUAACGUUUCAAUACCUAAUACCGACCAUCUAGACUCUUCCACUAAACCUGACAGUAGUGAAGAAGACACACUUUCAACGCCUUCAGCUGUCUGGACCACUGAAGAGUUAGCAAGCAGUGAAAAUGUCACAGAUGAGAUACCAAAGUCUGAAUCAGGGAACCUGCACCCAGGGCAAUUUGAACAAGCAGCCGAUGCCAGCACAUCAUACUCUGCUGCGGAACACACCACACUUCAGCUUCCAAGCAACGAAGACGAAACCACUACAUUCUACAAUAAGGCCGAAAUAAGUCUCUCCGAUAUGCCACCGUCUCUAUAUGAUACACCCACAGAGUCAAUGCAAUAUUCGACUCAACAGCCAGAGGGAGACUCCAAGAAAGAUGAUAACGUUUCAAUACCUAAUACCGACCAUCUAGACUCUUCCACCAAACCUGACAGUAGUGAAGAAGACACACUUUCAACGCCUUCAGCUGUCUGGACCACUGAAGAGUUAGCAAGCAGUGAAAAUGUCACAGAUGAGAUACCAAAGUCUGAAUCAGGGUACCUGCACCCAGGGCAAUUUGAACAAGCAGCCGAUGCCACCACAUCAAUCUCUCCUGUGGAACACACAACACUUCCGCUUCCAAGCAACGAAGCCGAAACCACUACAUUCUAUGACAAGGCCGAAAUAAGUCUCUACGAUGUGCAGCCGUCUCUAUAUGAUACACACUCAGAGUCAGCGCAACAUUCGUCCCAACAGCCAGAGGAAAACUCCAAGAAAGAUGACAAUGUUUCGAUACCUAAUACCGACGAUCGAGACUCUUCCACUAAACCUGACAGUAGUGAAGAAGACACACUUUCAACGCCUUCAGCUGUCUGGACCACUGAAGAGUUAGCAAGCAGCGAAAAUGUCACAGAUGAGAUACCAAAGUCUGAAUCAGGGUACCUGCACCCAGGGCAAUUUGAACAAGCAGCCGAUGCCAGCACAUCAGACUCUGCUGCGGAACACACCACACUUGCGCUUCCAAGCAACGAAGACGAAACCACUACAUUCUACAAUAAGGCCGAAAUAAGUCUCUCCGAUAUGCCACCGUCUCUAUAUGAUACACCCACAGAGUCAAUGCAAUAUUCGACCCAACAGCCAGAGGGAGACUCCAAGAAAGAUGAUAACGUUUCAAUACCUAAUACCGACCAUCUAGACUCUCCCACUAAACCUGACAGUAGUGAAGAACACACACUUUCAACGCCUUCAGCUGUCUGGACCACUGAAGAGUUAGCAAGCACUGAAAAUGUCACAGAUGAGAUACCAAAGUCUGAAUCAGGGUACCUGCACCCAGGGCAAUUUGAACAAGCAGCCGAUGCCAGCACAUCAGACUCCGCUGCGGAACACACCACACUUCCGCUUCCAAGCAACGAAGACGAAACCACUACAUUCUACAAUAAGGCCGAAAUAAGUCUCUCCGAUAUGCCACCGUCACUAUAUGAUACACACACAGAGUCAAUGCAAUAUUCGACCCAACAGCCAGAGGGAGACUCCAAGAAAGAUGAUAACGUUUCAAUACCUAAUACCGACCAUCUAGACUCUUCCACUAAACCUGACAGUAGUGAAGAAGACACACUUUCAACGCCUUCAGCUGUCUGGACCACUGAAGAGUUAGCAAGCACUGAAAAUGUCACAGAUGAGAUACCAAAGUCUGAAUCAGGGAACCUGCACCCAGGGCAAUUUGAACAAGCAGCCGAUGCCAGCACAUCAGACUCUGCUGCGGAACACACCACACUUCAGCUUCCAAGCAACGAAGACGAAACCACUACAUUCUACAAUAAGGCCGAAAUAAGUCUCUCCGAUAUGCCACCGUCACUAUACGAUACACACACAGAGUCAAUGCAAUAUUCGACCCAACAGCCAGAGGGAGACUCCAAGAAAGAUGAUAACGUUUCAAUACCUAAUACCGACCAUCUAGACUCUUCCACUAAACCUGACAGUAGUGAAGAAGACACACUUUCAACGCCUUCAGCUGUCUGGACCACUGAAGAGUUAGCAAGCAGUGAAAAUGUCACAGAUGAGAUACCAAAGUCUGAAACAGGGUACCUGCACCGAGGGCAAUUUGAACAAGCAGCCGAUGCCAGCACAUCAGACUCUGCUGCGGAACACACCACACUUUCGCUUCCAAGCAACGAAGACGAAACCACUACAUUCUACAAUAAGGCCGAAAUAAGUUUCUCCGAUAUGCCACCGUCACUAUAUGAUACACACACAGAGUCAAUCCAAUAUUCGACCCAACAGCCAGAGGGAGACUCCAAGAAAGAUGAUAACGUUUCAAUACCUAAUACCGACCAUCUAGACUCUUCCACUAAACCUGACAGUAGUGAAGAAGACACACUUUCAACGCCUUCAGCUGUCUGGACCACUGAAGAGUUAGCAAGCAGUGAAAAUGUCACAGAUGAGAUACCAAAGUCUGAAUCAGGGUACCUGCACCCAGGGCAAUUUGAACAAGCAGCCGAUGCCACCACAUCAAUCUCUCCUGUGGAACACACAACACUUCCGCUUCCAAGCAACGAAGCCGAAACCACUACAUUCUAUGACAAGGCCGAAAUAAGUCUCUACGAUUUGCAGCCGUCUCUAUAUGAUACACACUCAGAGUCAGCGCAACAUUCGUCCCAACAGCCAGAGGGAAACUCCAAGAAAGAUGACAAUGUUUCGAUACCUAAUACCGACGAUCGAGACUCUUCCACUAAACCUGACAGUAGUGAAGAAGACACACUUUCAACGCCUUCAGCUGUCUGGACCACUGAAGAGUUAGCAAGCAGUGAAAAUGUCACAGAUGAGAUACCAAAGUCUGAAUCAGGGUACCUGCACCCAGGGCAAUUUGAACAAGCAGCCGAUGCCAGCACAUCAGACUCUGCUGCGGAACACACCACACUUCCGCUUCCAAGCAACGAAGACGAAACCACUACAUUCUACAAUAAGGCCGAAAUAAGUCUCUCCGAUAUGCCACCGUCUCUAUAUGAUACACCCACAGAGUCAAAGCAAUAUUCGACCCAACAGCCAGAGGGAGACUCCAAGAAAGAUGAUAACGUUUCAAUACCUAAUACCGACCAUCUAGACUCUUCCACUAAACCUGACAGUAGUGAAGAAGACACACUUUCAACGCCUUCAGCUGUCUGGACCACUGAAGAGUUAGCAAGCAGUGAAAAUGUCACAGAUGAGAUACCAAAGACUGAAUCAGGGUACCUGCACCCAGGGCAAUUUGAACAAGCAGCCGAUGCACGCACAUCACCAGAGGGAGACUCCAAGAAAGAUGAUAACGUUUUAAUACCUAAUACCGACCAUCUAGACUCUCCCACUAAACCUGACAGUAGUGAAGAAGACACACUUUCAACGCCUUCAGCUGUCUGGACCGCUGAAGAGUUAGCAAGCAGUGAAAAUGUCACAGAUGAGAUACCAAAGUCUGAAUCAGGGUACCUGCACCCAGGGCAAUUUGAACAAGCAGCCGAUGCCAGCACAUCAGACUCUGCUGCGGAACACACCACACUUCCGCUUCCAAGCAACGAAGACGAAACCACUACAUUCUACAAUAAGGCCGAAAUAAGUCUCUCCGAUAUGCCACCGUCACUAUAUGAUACACACACAGAGUCAAUGCAAUAUUCGACCCAACAGCCAGAGGGAGACUCCAAGAAAGAUGAUAACGUUUCAAUACCUAAUACCGACCACCUAGACUCUUCCACUAAACCUGACAGUAGUGAAGAAGACACACUUUCAACGCCUUCAGCUGUCUGGACCACUGAAGAGUUAGCAAGCAGUGAAAAUGUCACAGAUGAGAUACCAAAGUCUGAAACAGGGUACCUGCACCGAGGGCAAUUUGAACAAGCAGCCGAUGCCAGCACAUCAGACUCUGCUGCGGAACACACCACACUUUCGCUUCCAAGCAACGAAGACGAAACCACUACAUUCUACAAUAAGGCCGAAAUAAGUCUCUCCGAUAUGCCACCGUCACUAUAUGAUACACACACAGAGUCAAUGCAAUAUUCGACCCAACAGCCAGAGGGAGGCUCCAAGAAAGAUGAUAACGUUUCAAUACCUAAUACCGACCAUCUAGACUCUUCCACUAAACCUGACAGUAGUGAAGAACACACACUUUCAACGCCUUCAGCUGUCUGGACCACUGAAGAGUUAGCAAGCAGUAAAAAUGUCACAGAUGAGAUACCAAAGUCUGAAUCAGGGUACCUGCACCCAGGGCAUAUUGAACCAGCAGCCGAUGCCAGCACAUCAGACUCUGCUGCGGAACACACCACACUUCAGCUUCCAAGCAACGAAGACGAAACCACUACAUUCUACAAUAAGGCCGAAAUAAGUCUCUCCGAUAUGCCACCGUCUCUAUAUGAUACACCCACAGACUCAAUGCAAUAUUCGACUCAACAGCCAGAGGGAGACUCCAAGAAAGAUGAUAACGUUUCAAUACCUAAUACCGACCAUCUAGACUCUUCCACUAAACCUGACAGUAGUGAAGAAGACACACUUUCAACGCCUUCAGCUGUCUGGACCACUGAAGAGUUAGCAAGCACUGAAAAUGUCACAGAUGAGAUACCAAAGUCUGAAUCAGGGAACCUGCACCCAGGGCAAUUUGAACAAGCAGCCGAUGCCAGCACAUCAGACUCUGCUGCGGAACACACCACACUUCAGCUUCCAAGCAACGAAGACGAAACCACUACAUUCUACAAUAAGGCCGAAAUAAGUCUCUCCGAUAUGCCACCGUCACUAUACGAUACACACACAGAGUCAAUGCAAUAUUCGACCCAACAGCCAGAGGGAGACUCCAAGAAAGAUGAUAACGUUUCAAUACCUAAUACCGACCAUCUAGACUCUUCCACUAAACCUGACAGUAGUGAAGAAGACACACUUUCAACGCCUUCAGCUGUCUGGACCACUGAAGAGUUAGCAAGCAGUGAAAAUGUCACAGAUGAGAUACCAAAGUCUGAAUCAGGGUACCUGCACCCAGGGCAAUUUGAACAAGCAGCCGAUGCCACCACAUCAAUCUCUCCUGUGGAACACACAACACUUCCGCUUCCAAGCAACGAAGCCGAAACCACUACAUUCUAUGACAAGGCCGAAAUAAGUCUCUACGAUUUGCAGCCGUCUCUAUAUGAUACACACUCAGAGUCAGCGCAACAUUCGUCCCAACAGCCAGAGGAAAACUCCAAGAAAGAUGACAAUGCUUCGAUACCUAAUACCGACGAUCGAGACUCUUCCACUAAACCUGACAGUAGUGAAGAAGACACACUUUCAACGCCUUCAGCUGUCUGGACCACUGAAGAGUUAGCAAGCAGUGAAAAUGUCACAGAUGAGAUACCAAAGUCUGAAUCAGGGUACCUGCACCCAGGGCAAUUUGAACAAGCAGCCGAUGCCAGCACAUCAGACUCUGCUGCGGAACACACCACACUUCCGCUUCCAAGCAACGAAGACGAAACCACUACAUUCUACAAUAAGGCCGAAAUAAGUCUCUCCGAUAUGCCACCGUCUCUAUAUGAUACACCCACAGAGUCAAUGCAAUAUUCGACCCAACAGCCAGAGGGAGACUCCAAGAAAGAUGAUAACGUUUCAAUACCUAAUACCGACCAUCUAGACUCUUCCACUAAACCUGACAGUAGUGAAGAAGACACACUUUCAACGCCUUCAGCUGUCUGGACCACUGAAGAGUUAGCAAGCAGUGAAAAUGUCACAGAUGAGACACCAAAGUCUGAAACAGGGUACCUGCACCGAGGGCAAUUUGAACAAGCAGCCGAUGCCAGCACAUCAGACUCUGCUGAGGAACACACCACACUUUCGCUUCCAAGCAACGAAGACGAAACCACUACAUUCUACAAUAAGGCCGAAAUAAGUUUCUCCGAUAUGCCACCGUCACUAUAUGAUACACACACAGAGUCAAUCCAAUAUUCGACCCAACAGCCAGAGGGAGACUCCAAGAAAGAUGAUAACGUUUCAAUACCUAAUACCGACCAUCUAGACUCUUCCACUAAACCUGACAGUAGUGAAGAAGACACACUUUCAACGCCUUCAGCUGUCUGGACCACUGAAGAGUUAGCAAGCAGUGAAAAUGUCACAGAUGAGAUACCAAAGUCUGAAUCAGGGAACCUGCACCCAGGGCAAUUUGAACAAGCAGCCGAUGCCAGCACAUCAUACUCUGCUGCGGAACACACCACACUUCAGCUUCCAAGCAACGAAGACGAAACCACUACAUUCUACAAUAAGGCCGAAAUAAGUCUCUCCGAUAUGCCACCGUCUCUAUAUGAUACACCCACAGAGUCAAUGCAAUAUUCGACUCAACAGCCAGAGGGAGACUCCAAGAAAGAUGAUAACGUUUCAAUACCUAAUACCGACCAUCUAGACUCUUCCACUAAACCUGACAGUAGUGAAGAAGACACACUUUCAAUGUCUUCAGCUGUCUCGACCACUGAAGAGUUAGCAAGCACUGAAAAUGUCACAGAUGAGAUACCAAAGUCUGAAUCAGGGUACCUGCACCCAGGGCAAUUUGAACAAGCAGCCGAUGCCAGCACAUCAGACUCUGCUGCGGAACACACCACACUUCCGCUUCCAAGCAACGAAGACGAAACCACUACAUUCUACAAUAAGGCCGAAAUAAGUCUCUCCGAUAUGCCACCGUCACUAUAUGAUAGACACACAGAGUCAAUGCAAUAUUCGACCCAACAGCCAGAGGGAGACUCCAAGAAAGAUGAUAACGUUUCAAUACCUAAUACCGACCAUCUAGACUCUUCCACCAAACCUGACAGUAGUGAAGAAGACACACUUUCAACGCCUUCAGCUGUCUGGACCACUGAAGAGUUAGCAAGCAGUGAAAAUGUCACAGAUGAGAUACCAAAGUCUGAAUCAGGGUACCUGCACCCAGGGCAAUUUGAACAAGCAGCCGAUGCCACCACAUCAAUCUCUCCUGUGGAACACACAACACUUCCGCUUCCAAGCAACGAAGCCGAAACCACUACAUUCUAUGACAAGGCCGAAAUAAGUCUCUACGAUUUGCAGCCGUCUCUAUAUGAUACACACUCAGAGUCAGCGCAACAUUCGUCCCAACAGCCAGAGGAAAACUCCAAGAAAGAUGACAAUGUUUCGAUACCUAAUACCGACGAUCGAGACUCUUCCACUAAACCUGACAGUAGUGAAGAAGACACACUUUCAACGCCUUCAGCUGUCUGGACCACUGAAGAGUUAGCAAGCAGUGAAAAUGUCACAGAUGAGAUACCAAAGUCUGAAUCAGGGUACCUGCACCCAGGGCAAUUUGAACAAGCAGCCGAUGCCAGCACAUCAGACUCUGCUGCGGAACACACCACACUUCCGCUUCCAAGCAACGAAGACGAAACCACUACAUUCUACAAUAAGGCCGAAAUAAGUCUCUCCGAUAUGCCACCGUCUCUAUAUGAUACACACACAGAGUCAAUGCAAUAUUCGACCCAACAGCCAGAGGGAGACUCCAAGAAAGAUGAUAACGUUUCAAUACCUAAUACCGACCAUCUAGACUCUUCCACUAAACCUGACAGUAGUGAAGAAGACACACUUUCAACGCCUUCAGCUGUCUGGACCACUGAAGAGUUAGCAAGCAGUGAAAAUGUCACAGAUGAGACACCAAAGUCUGAAACAGGGUACCUGCACCGAGGGCAAUUUGAACAAGCAGCCGAUGCCAGCACAUCAGACUCUGCUGAGGAACACACCACACUUUCGCUUCCAAGCAACGAAGACGAAACCACUACAUUCUACAAUAAGGCCGAAAUAAGUUUCUCCGAUAUGCCACCGUCACUAUAUGAUACACACACAGAGUCAAUCCAAUAUUCGACCCAACAGCCAGAGGGAGACUCCAAGAAAGAUGAUAACGUUUCAAUACCUAAUACCGACCAUCUAGACUCUUCCACUAAACCUGACAGUAGUGAAGAAGACACACUUUCAACGCCUUCAGCUGUCUGGACCACUGAAGAGUUAGCAAGCAGUGAAAAUGUCACAGAUGAGAUACCAAAGUCUGAAUCAGGGAACCUGCACCGAGGGCAAUUUGAACAAGCAGCCGAUGCCAGCACAUCAUACUCUGCUGCGGAACACACCACACUCCAGCUUCCAAGCAACGAAGACGAAACCACUACAUUCUACAAUAAGGCCGAAAUAAGUCUCUCCGAUAUGCCACCGUCUCUAUAUGAUACACCCACAGAGUCAAUGCAAUAUUCGACUCAACAGCCAGAGGGAGACUCCAAGAAAGAUGAUAACGUUUCAAUACCUAAUACCGACCAUCUAGACUCUUCCACUAAACCUGACAGUAGUGAAGAAGACACACUUUCAAUGCCUUCAGCUGUCUCGACCACUGAAGAGUUAGCAAGCACUGAAAAUGUCACAGAUGAGAUACCAAAGUCUGAAUCAGGGUACCUGCACCCAGGGCAAUUUGAACAAGCAGCCGAUGCCAGCACAUCAGACUCUGCUGCGGAACACACCACACUUCCGCUUCCAAGCAACGAAGACGAAACCACUACAUUCUACAAUAAGGCCGAAAUAAGUCUCUCCGAUAUGCCACCGUCACUAUAUGAUACACACACAGAGUCAAUGCAAUAUUCGACCCAACAGCCAGAGGGAGACUCCAAGAAAGAUGAUAACGUUUCAAUACCUAAUACCGACCAUCUAGACUCUUCCACCAAACCUGACAGUAGUGAAGAAGACACACUUUCAACGCCUUCAGCUGUCUGGACCACUGAAGAGUUAGCAAGCAGUGAAAAUGUCACAGAUGAGAUACCAAAGUCUGAAUCAGGGUACCUGCACCCAGGGCAAUUUGAACAAGCAGCCGAUGCCACCACAUCAAUCUCUCCUGUGGAACACACAACACUUCCGCUUCCAAGCAACGAAGCCGAAACCACUACAUUCUAUGACAAGGCCGAAAUAAGUCUCUACGAUUUGCAGCCGUCUCUAUAUGAUACACACUCAGAGUCAGCGCAACAUUCGUCCCAACAGCCAGAGAAAAACUCCAAGAAAGAUGACAAUGUUUCGAUACCUAAUACCGACGAUCGAGACUCUUCCACUAAACCUGACAGUAGUGAAGAAGACACACUUUCAACGCCUUCAACUGUCUGGACCACUGAAGAGUUAGCAAGCAGUGAAAAUGUCACAGAUGAGAUACCAAAGUCUGAAUCAGGGUACCUGCACCCAGGGCAAUUUGAACAAGCAGCCGAUGCAAGCACAUCAGACUCUGCUGCGGAACACACCACACUUCCGCUUCCAAGCAACGAAGACGAAACCACUACAUUCUACAAUAAGGCCGAAAUAAGUCUCUCCGAUAUGCCACCGUCUCUAUAUGAUACACCCACAGAGUCAAUGCAAUAUUCGACCCAACAGCCAGAGGGAGACUCCAAGAAAGAUGAUAACGUUUCAAUACCUAAUACCGACCAUCUAGACUCUUCCACUAAACCUGACAGUAGUGAAGAAGACACACUUUCAACGCCUUCAGCUGUCUGGACCACUGAAGAGUUAGCAAGCAGUGAAAAUGUCACAGAUGAGAUACCAAAGUCUGAAUCAGGGUACCUGCACCCAGGUCAAUUUGAACAAGCAGCCGAUGCACGCACAUCAGUCUCUGCUGCGGAACACACCACACUUCCGCUUCCAAGCAACGAAGACGAAACCACUACAUUCUACAAUAAGGCCGAAAUAAGUCUCUCCGAUAUGCCACCGUCUCUAUAUGAUACAUCCACAGAGUCAAUGCAAUAUUCGACCCAACACCCAGAGGGAGACUCCAAGAAAGAUGAUAACGUUUCAAUACCUAAUACCGACCAUCUAGACUCUCCCACUAAACCUGACAGUAGUGAAGAAGACACACUUUCAACGCCUUCAGCUGUCUGGACCACUGAAGAGUUAGCAAGCAGUGAAAAUGUCACAGAUGAGAUACCAAAGUCUGAAUCAGGGUACCUGCACCCAGGGCAAUUUGAACAAGCAGCCGAUGCCAGCACAUCAGACUCUGCUGCGGAACACACCACACUUCAGCUUCCAAGCAACGAAGACGAAACCACUACAUUCUACAAUAAGGCCGAAAUAAGUCUCUCCGAUAUGCCACCGUCUCUAUAUGAUACACCCACAGAGUCAAUGCAAUAUUCGACUCAACAGCCAGAGGGAGACUCCAAGAAAGAUGAUAACGUUUCAAUACCUAAUACCGACCAUCUAGACUCUUCCACUAAACCUGACAGUAGUGAAGAAGACACACUUUCAAUGUCUUCAGCUGUCUCGACCACUGAAGAGUUAGCAAGCACUGAAAAUGUCACAGAUGAGAUACCAAAGUCUGAAUCAGGGUACCUGCACCCAGGGCAAUUUGAACAAGCAGCCGAUGCCAGCACAUCAGACUCUGCUGCGGAACACACCACACUUCCGCUUCCAAGCAACGAAGACGAAACCACUACAUUCUACAAUAAGGCCGAAAUAAGUCUCUCCGAUAUGCCACCGUCACUAUAUGAUAGACACACAGAGUCAAUGCAAUAUUCGACCCAACAGCCAGAGGGAGACUCCAAGAAAGAUGAUAACGUUUCAAUACCUAAUACCGACCAUCUAGACUCUUCCACCAAACCUGACAGUAGUGAAGAAGACACACUUUCAACGCCUUCAGCUGUCUGGACCACUGAAGAGUUAGCAAGCAGUGAAAAUGUCACAGAUGAGAUACCAAAGUCUGAAUCAGGGUACCUGCACCCAGGGCAAUUUGAACAAGCAGCCGAUGCCACCACAUCAAUCUCUCCUGUGGAACACACAACACUUCCGCUUCCAAGCAACGAAGCCGAAACCACUACAUUCUAUGACAAGGCCGAAAUAAGUCUCUACGAUUUGCAGCCGUCUCUAUAUGAUACACACUCAGAGUCAGCGCAACAUUCGUCCCAACAGCCAGAGGAAAACUCCAAGAAAGAUGACAAUGUUUCGAUACCUAAUACCGACGAUCGAGACUCUUCCACUAAACCUGACAGUAGUGAAGAAGACACACUUUCAACGCCUUCAGCUGUCUGGACCACUGAAGAGUUAGCAAGCAGUGAAAAUGUCACAGAUGAGAUACCAAAGUCUGAAUCAGGGUACCUGCACCCAGGGCAAUUUGAACAAGCAGCCGAUGCCAGCACGUCAGACUCUGCUGCGGAACACACCACACUUCCGCUUCCAAGCAACGAAGACGAAACCACUACAUUCUACAAUAAGGCCGAAAUAAGUCUCUCCGAUAUGCCACCGUCUCUAUAUGAUACACCCACAGAGUCAAUGCAAUAUUCGACCCAACAGCCAGAGGGAGACUCCAAGAAAGAUGAUAACGUUUCAAUACCUAAUACCGACCAUCUAGACUCUUCCACUAAACCUGACAGUAGUGAAGAAGACACACUUUCAACGCCUUCAGCUGUCUGGACCACUGAAGAGUUAGCAAGCAGUGAAAAUGUCACAGAUGAGACACCAAAGUCUGAAACAGGGUACCUGCACCGAGGGCAAUUUGAACAAGCAGCCGAUGCCAGCACAUCAGACUCUGCUGAGGAACACACCACACUUUCGCUUCCAAGCAACGAAGACGAAACCACUACAUUCUACAAUAAGGCCGAAAUAAGUUUCUCCGAUAUGCCACCGUCACUAUAUGAUACACACACAGAGUCAAUCCAAUAUUCGACCCAACAGCCAGAGGGAGACUCCAAGAAAGAUGAUAACGUUUCAAUACCUAAUACCGACCAUCUAGACUCUUCCACUAAACCUGACAGUAGUGAAGAAGACACACUUUCAACGCCUUCAGCUGUCUGGACCACUGAAGAGUUAGCAAGCAGUGAAAAUGUCACAGAUGAGAUACCAAAGUCUGAAUCAGGGAACCUGCACCGAGGGCAAUUUGAACAAGCAGCCGAUGCCAGCACAUCAUACUCUGCUGCGGAACACACCACACUUCAGCUUCCAAGCAACGAAGACGAAACCACUACAUUCUACAAUAAGGCCGAAAUAAGUCUCUCCGAUAUGCCACCGUCUCUAUAUGAUACACCCACAGAGUCAAUGCAAUAUUCGACUCAACAGCCAGAGGGAGACUCCAAGAAAGAUGAUAACGUUUCAAUACCUAAUACCGACCAUCUAGACUCUUCCACUAAACCUGACAGUAGUGAAGAAGACACACUUUCAAUGCCUUCAGCUGUCUCGACCACUGAAGAGUUAGCAAGCACUGAAAAUGUCACAGAUGAGAUACCAAAGUCUGAAUCAGGGUACCUGCACCCAGGGCAAUUUGAACAAGCAGCCGAUGCCAGCACAUCAGACUCUGCUGCGGAACACACCACACUUCCGCUUCCAAGCAACGAAGACGAAACCACUACAUUCUACAAUAAGGCCGAAAUAAGUCUCUCCGAUAUGCCACCGUCACUAUAUGAUACACACACAGAGUCAAUGCAAUAUUCGACCCAACAGCCAGAGGGAGACUCCAAGAAAGAUGAUAACGUUUCAAUACCUAAUACCGACCAUCUAGACUCUUCCACCAAACCUGACAGUAGUGAAGAAGACACACUUUCAACGCCUUCAGCUGUCUGGACCACUGAAGAGUUAGCAAGCAGUGAAAAUGUCACAGAUGAGAUACCAAAGUCUGAAUCAGGGUACCUGCACCCAGGGCAAUUUGAACAAGCAGCCGAUGCCACCACAUCAAUCUCUCCUGUGGAACACACAACACUUCCGCUUCCAAGCAACGAAGCCGAAACCACUACAUUCUAUGACAAGGCCGAAAUAAGUCUCUAUGAUUUGCAGCCGUCUCUAUAUGAUACACACUCAGAGUCAGCGCAACAUUCGUCCCAACAGCCAGAGAAAAACUCCAAGAAAGAUGACAAUGUUUCGAUACCUAAUACCGACGAUCGAGACUCUUCCACUAAACCUGACAGUAGUGAAGAAGACACACUUUCAACGCCUUCAACUGUCUGGACCACUGAAGAGUUAGCAAGCAGUGAAAAUGUCACAGAUGAGAUACCAAAGUCUGAAUCAGGGUACCUGCACCCAGGGCAAUUUGAACAAGCAGCCGAUGCAAGCACAUCAGACUCUGCUGCGGAACACACCACACUUCCGCUUCCAAGCAACGAAGACGAAACCACUACAUUCUACAAUAAGGCCGAAAUAAGUCUCUCCGAUAUGCCACCGUCUCUAUAUGAUACACCCACAGAGUCAAUGCAAUAUUCGACCCAACAGCCAGAGGGAGACUCCAAGAAAGAUGAUAACGUUUCAAUACCUAAUACCGACCAUCUAGACUCUUCCACUAAACCUGACAGUAGUGAAGAAGACACACUUUCAACGCCUUCAGCUGUCUGGACCACUGAAGAGUUAGCAAGCAGUGAAAAUGUCACAGAUGAGAUACCAAAGUCUGAAUCAGGGUACCUGCACCCAGGUCAAUUUGAACAAGCAGCCGAUGCACGCACAUCAGUCUCUGCUGCGGAACACACCACACUUCCGCUUCCAAGCCACGAAGACGAAACCACUACAUUCUACAAUAAGGCCGAAAUAAGUCUCUCCGAUAUGCCACCGUCUCUAUAUGAUACAUCCACAGAGUCAAUGCAAUAUUCGACCCAACACCCAGAGGGAGACUCCAAGAAAGAUGAUAACGUUUCAAUACCUAAUACCGACCAUCUAGACUCUCCCACUAAACCUGACAGUAGUGAAGAAGACACACUUUCAACGCCUUCAGCUGUCUGGACCACUGAAGAGUUAGCAAGCAGUGAAAAUGUCACAGAUGAGAUACCAAAGUCUGAAUCAGGGUACCUGCACCCAGGGCAAUUUGAACAAGCAGCCGAUGCCAGCACAUCAGACUCUGCUGCGGAACACACCACACUUCCGCUUCCAAGCAACGAAGACGAAACCACUACAUUCUACAAUAAGGCCGAAAUAAGUCUCUCCGAUAUGCCACCGUCACUAUAUGAUACACACACAGAGUCAAUGCAAUAUUCGACCCAACAGCCAGAGGGAGACUCCAAGAAAGAUGAUAACGUUUCAAUACCUAAUACCGACCAUCUAGACUCUUCCACUAAACCUGACACUAGUGAAGAAGACACCCUUUCAACGCCUUCAGCUGUCUGGACCACUAAAGAGUUAGCAAGCAGUGAAAAUGUCACAGAUGAGAUACCAAAGUCUGAAACAGGGUACCUGCACCCAGGGCAAUUUGAACGAGCAGCCGACGCCAGCACAUCAGACUCUGCUGCGGAACAUACCACACUUUCGCUUCCAAGCAACGAAGACGAAACCACUACAUUCUACAAUAAGGCCGAAAUAAGUCUCUCCAAUAUGCCACCGUCACUAUAUGAUACACACACAGAGUCAAUGCAAUAUUCGACCCAACAGCCAGAGGGAGACUCCAAGAAAGAUGAUAACGUUUCAAUACCUAAUACCGACCACCUAGACUCUUCCACUAAACCUGACAGUAGUGAAGAAGACACACUUACAACGCCUUCAGCUGUCUGGAACACUGAAGAGUUAGCAAGCAGUGAAAAUGUCACAGAUGAGAUACCAAAGUCUGAAACAGGGUACCUGCACCGAGGGCAAUUUGAACAAGCAGCCGAUGCCAGCACAUCAGACUCUGUUGCGGAACACACCACACUUUCGCUUCCAAGCAACGAAGACGAAACCACUACAUUCAACAAUAAGGCCGAAAUAAGUCUCUCCGAUAUGCCACCGUCACUAUAUGAUACACACACAGAGUCAAUGCAAUAUUCGACCCAACAGCCAGAGGGAGACUCCAAGAAAGAUGAUAACGUUUCAAUACCUAAUACCGAUCAUCAAGACUCUUACACUAAACCUGACAGUAGUGAAGAAGACACACUUUCAACGCCUUCAGCUGUCUGGACCACUGAAGAGUUAGCAAGCAAUGAAAAUGUCACAGAUGAGAUACCAAAGUCUGAAUCAGGGUACCUGCACCCAGAGCAAUUUGAACAAGCAGCCGAUGCCAGCACAUCAGACUCUGCUGCGGAACACACCACACUUCCGCUUCCAAGCAACGAAGACGAAACCACUACAUUCUACAAUAAGGCCGAAAUAAGUCUCUCCGAUAUGCCACCGUCACUAUAUGAUACACACACAGAGUCAAUGCAAUAUUCGACCCAACAGCCAGAGGGAGGCUCCAAGAAAGAUGAUAACGUUUCAAUACCUAAUACCGACCAUCUAGACUCUUCCACUAAACCUGACAGUAGUGAAGAACACACACUUUCAACGCCUUCAGCUGUCUGGACCACUGAAGAGUUAGCAAGCAGUGAAAAUGUCACAGAUGAGAUACCAAAGUCUGAAUCAGGGUACCUGCACCCAGGGCAUAUUGAACCAGCAGCCGAUGCCAGCACAUCAGACUCUGCUGCGGAACACACCACACUUCAGCUUCCAAGCAACGAAGACGAAACCACUACAUUCUACAAUAAGGCCGAAAUAAGUCUCUCCGAUAUGCCACCGCCUCUAUAUGAUACACCCACAGAGUCAAUGCAAUAUUCGACUCAACAGCCAGAGGGAGACUCCAAGAAAGAUGAUAACGUUUCAAUACCUAAUACCGACCAUCUAGACUCUUCCACUAAACCUGACAGUAGUGAAGAAGACACACUUUCAACGCCUUCAGCUGUCUGGACCACUGAAGAGUUAGCAAGCACUGAAAAUGUCACAGAUGAGAUACCAAAGUCUGAAUCAGGGAACCUGCACCCAGGGCAAUUUGAACAAGCAGCCGAUGCCAGCACAUCAGGCUCUGCUGCGGAACACACCACACUUCAGCUUCCAAGCAACGAAGACGAAACCACUACAUUCUACAAUAAGGCCGAAAUAAGUCUCUCCGAUAUGCCACUGUCACUAUACGAUACACACACAGAGUCAAUGCAAUAUUCGACCCAACAGCCAGAGGGAGACUCCAAGAAAGAUGAUAACGUUUCAAUACCUAAUACCGACCAUCUAGACUCUUCCACUAAACCUGACAGUAGUGAAGAAGACACACUUUCAACGCCUUCAGCUGUCUGGACCACUGAAGAGUUAGCAAGCAGUGAAAAUGUCACAGAUGAGACACCAAAGUCUGAAACAGGGUACCUGCACCGAGGGCAAUUUGAACAAGCAGCCGAUGCCAGCACAUCAGACUCUGCUGCGGAACACACCACAGUUUCGCUUCCAAGCAACGAAGACGAAACCACUACAUUCUACAAUAAGGCCGAAAUAAGUUUCUCCGAUAUGCCACCGUCACUAUAUGAUACACACACAGAGUCAAUCCAAUAUUCGACCCAACAGCCAGAGGGAGACUCCAAGAAAGAUGAUAACGUUUCAAUACCUAAUACCGACCAUCUAGACUCUUCCACUAAACCUGACAGUAGUGAAGAAGACACACUUUCAACGCCUUCAGCUGUCUGGACCACUGAAGAGUUAGCAAGCAGUGAAAAUGUCACAGAUGAGAUACCAAAGUCUGAAUCAGGGAACCUGCACCCAGGGCAAUUUGAACAAGCAGCCGAUGCCAGCACAUCAUACUCUGCUGCGGAACACACCACACUUCAGCUUCCAAGCAACGAAGACGAAACCACUACAUUCUACAAUAAGGCCGAAAUAAGUCUCUCCGAUAUGCCACCGUCUCUAUAUGAUACACCCACAGAGUCAAUGCAAUAUUCGACUCAACAGCCAGAGGGAGACUCCAAGAAAGAUGAUAACGUUUCAAUACCUAAUACCGACCAUCUAGACUCUUCCACCAAACCUGACAGUAGUGAAGAAGACACACUUUCAACGCCUUCAGCUGUCUGGACCACUGAAGAGUUAGCAAGCAGUGAAAAUGUCACAGAUGAGAUACCAAAGUCUGAAUCAGGGUACCUGCACCCAGGGCAAUUUGAACAAGCAGCCGAUGCCACCACAUCAAUCUCUCCUGUGGAACACACAACACUUCCGCUUCCAAGCAACGAAGCCGAAACCACUACAUUCUAUGACAAGGCCGAAAUAAGUCUCUACGAUUUGCAGCCGUCUCUAUAUGAUACACACUCAGAGUCAGCGCAACAUUCGUCCCAACAGCCAGAGGAAAACUCCAAGAAAGAUGACAAUGUUUCGAUACCUAAUACCGACGAUCGAGACUCUUCCACUAAACCUGACAGUAGUGAAGAAGACACACUUUCAACGCCUUCAGCUGUCUGGACCACUGAAGAGUUAGCAAGCAGUGAAAAUGUCACAGAUGAGAUACCAAAGUCUGAAUCAGGGUACCUGCACCCAGGGCAAUUUGAACAAGCAGCCGAUGCCAGCACAUCAGACUCUGCUGCGGAACACACCACACUUCCGCUUCCAAGCAACGAAGACGAAACCACUACAUUCUACAAUAAGGCCGAAAUAAGUCUCUCCGAUAUGCCACCGUCUCUAUAUGAUCCACCCACAGAGUCAAUGCAAUAUUCGACCCAACAGCCAGAGGGAGACUCCAAGAAAGAUGAUAACGUUUCAAUACCUAAUACCGACCAUCUAGACUCUCCCACUAAACCUGACAGUAGUGAAGAAGACACACUUUCAACGCCUUCAGCUGUCUGGACCACUGAAGAGUUAGCAAGCACUGAAAAUGUCACAGAUGAGAUACCAAAGUCUGAAUCAGGGUACCUGCACCCAGGGCAAUUUGAACAAGCAGCCGAUGCCAGCACAUCAGACUCCGCUGCGGAACACACCACACUUCCGCUUCCAAGCAACGAAGACGAAACCACUACAUUCUACAAUAAGGCCGAAAUAAGUCUCUCCGAUAUGCCACCGUCACUAUAUGAUACACACACAGAGUCAAUGCAAUAUUCGACCCAACAGCCAGAGGGAGACUCCAAGAAAGAUGAUAACGUUUCAAUACCUAAUACCGACCAUCUAGACUCUUCCACUAAACCUGACAGUAGUGAAGAAGACACACUUUCAACGCCUUCAGCUGUCUGGACCACUGAAGAGUUAGCAAGCACUGAAAAUGUCACAGAUGAGAUACCAAAGUCUGAAUCAGGGAACCUGCACCCAGGGCAAUUUGAACAAGCAGCCGAUGCCAGCACAUCAGACUCUGCUGCGGAACACACCACACUUCAGCUUCCAAGCAACGAAGACGAAACCACUACAUUCUACAAUAAGGCCGAAGUAAGUCUCUCCGAUAUGCCACCGUCACUAUACGAUACACACACAGAGUCAAUGCAAUAUUCGACCCAACAGCCAGAGGGAGACUCCAAGAAAGAUGAUAACGUUUCAAUACCUAAUACCGACCAUCUAGACUCUUCCACUAAACCUGACAGUAGUGAAGAAGACACACUUUCAACGCCUUCAGCUGUCUGGACCACUGAAGAGUUAGCAAGCAGUGAAAAUGUCACAGAUGAGAUACCAAAGUCUGAAACAGGGUACCUGCACCGAGGGCAAUUUGAACAAGCAGCCGAUGCCAGCACAUCAGACUCUGCUGCGGAACACACCACACUUUCGCUUCCAAGCAACGAAGACGAAACCACUACAUUCUACAAUAAGGCCGAAAUAAGUUUCUCCGAUAUGCCACCGUCACUAUAUGAUACACACACAGAGUCAAUCCAAUAUUCGACCCAACAGCCAGAGGGAGACUCCAAGAAAGAUGAUAACGUUUCAAUACCUAAUACCGACCAUCUAGACUCUUCCACUAAACCUGACAGUAGUGAAGAAGACACACUUUCAAAGCCUUCAGCUGUCUGGACCACUGAAGAGUUAGCAAGCAGUGAAAAUGUCACAGAUGAGAUACCAAAGUCUGAAUCAGGGUACCUGCACCCAGGGCAAUUUGAACAAGCAGCCGAUGCCACCACAUCAAUCUCUCCUGUGGAACACACAACACUUCCGCUUCCAAGCAACGAAGCCGAAACCACUACAUUCUAUGACAAGGCCGAAAUAAGUCUCUACGAUUUGCAGCCGUCUCUAUAUGAUACACACUCAGAGUCAGCGCAACAUUCGUCCCAACAGCCAGAGGAAAACUCCAAGAAAGAUGACAAUGUUUCGAUACCUAAUACCGACGAUCGAGACUCUUCCACUAAACCUGACAGUAGUGAAGAAGACACACUUUCAACGCCUUCAGCUGUCUGGACCACUGAAGAGUUAGCAAGCAGUGAAAAUGUCACAGAUGAGAUACCAAAGUCUGAAUCAGGGUACCUGCACCCAGGGCAAUUUGAACAAGCAGCCGAUGCCAGCACAUCAGACUCUGCUGCGGAACACACCACACUUCCGCUUCCAAGCAACGAAGACGAAACCACUACAUUCUACAAUAAGGCCGAAAUAAGUCUCUCCGAUAUGCCACCGUCUCUAUAUGAUACACCCACAGAGUCAAAGCAAUAUUCGACCCAACAGCCAGAGGGAGACUCCAAGAAAGAUGAUAACGUUUCAAUACCUAAUACCGACCAUCUAGACUCUUCCACUAAACCUGACAGUAGUGAAGAAGACACACUUUCAACGCCUUCAGCUGUCUGGACCACUGAAGAGUUAGCAAGCAGUGAAAAUGUCACAGAUGAGAUACCAAAGACUGAAUCAGGGUACCUGCACCCAGGGCAAUUUGAACAAGCAGCCGAUGCACGCACAUCAGUCUCUGCUGCGGAACACACCACACUUCCGCUUCCAAGCAACGAAGACGAAACCACUACAUUCUACAAUAAGGCCGAAAUAAGUCUCUCCGAUAUGCCACCGUCUCUAUAUGAUACAUCCACAGAGUCAAUGCAAUAUUCGACCCAACAGCCAGAGGGAGACUCCAAGAAAGAUGACAACGUUUCAAUACCUAAUACCGACCAUCUAGACUCUCCCACUAAACCUGACAGUAGUGAAGAAGACACACUUUCAACGCCUUCAGCUGUCUGGACCGCUGAAGAGUUAGCAAGCAGUGAAAAUGUCACAGAUGAGAUACCAAAGUCUGAACCAGGGUACCUGCACCCAGGGCAAUUUGAACAAGCAGCCGAUGCCAGCACAUCAGACUCUGCUGCGGAACACACCACACUUCCGCUUCCAAGCAACGAAGACGAAACCACUACAUUCUACAAUAAGGCCGAAAUAAGUCUCUCCGAUAUGCCACCGUCACUAUAUGAUACACACACAGAGUCAAUGCAAUAUUCGACCCAACAGCCAGAGGGAGACUCCAAGAAAGAUGAUAACGUUUCAAUACCUAAUACCGACCACCUAGACUCUUCCACUAAACCUGACAGUAGUGAAGAAGACACACUUACAACGCCUUCAGCUGUCUGGAACACUGAAGAGUUAGCAAGCAGUGAAAAUGUCACAGAUGAGAUACCAAAGUCUGAAACAGGGUACCUGCACCGAGGGCAAUUUGAACAAGCAGCCGAUGCCAGCACAUCAGACUCUGCUGCGGAACACACCACACUUUCGCUUCCAAGCAACGAAGACGAAACCACUACAUUCUACAAUAAGGCCGAAAUAAGUCUCUCCGAUAUGCCACCGUCACUAUAUGAUACACACACAGAGUCAAUGCAAUAUUCGACCCAACAGCCAGAGGGAGACUCCAAGAAAGAUGAUAACGUUUCAAUACCUAAUACCGACCAUCUAGACUCUUCCACUAAACCUGACAGUAGUGAAGAAGACACACUUUCAACGCCUUCAGCUGUCUGGACCACUGAAGAGUUAGCAAGCAGUGAAAAUGUCACAGAUGAGAUACCAAAGUCUGAAUCAGGGUACCUACACCGAGGGCAAUUUGAACAAGCAGCCGAUGCCAGCACAUCAGACUCUGCUGCGGAACACACCACACUUUCGCUUCCAAGCAACGAAGACGAAACCACUACAUUCUACAAUAAGGCCGAAAUAAGUCUCUCCGAUAUGCCACCGUCACUAUAUGAUACACACACAGAGUCAAUCCAAUAUUCGACCCAACAGCCAGAGGGAGACUCCAAGAAAGAUGAUAACGUUUCAAUACCUAAUACCGACCAUCUAGACUCUUCCACUAAACCUGACAGUAGUGAAGAAGACACACUUCCAACGCCUUCAGCUGUCUGGACCACUGAAGAGUUAGCAAGCAGUGAAAAUGUCACAGAUGAGAUACCAAAGUCUGAAUCAGGGUACCUGCACCCAGGGCAAUUUGAAGAAGCAGCCGAUGCCAGCACAUCAGACUCUGCUGCGGAACAUACCACACUUUCGCUUCCAAGCAACGAAGACGAAACCACUACAUUCUACAAUAAGGACGAAAUAAGUCUCUCCGAUAUGCCACCGUCACUAUAUGAUACACACACAGAGUCAAUGCAAUAUUCGACCCAACAGCCAGAGGGAGACUCCAAGAAAGAUGAUAACGUUUCAAUACCUAAUACCGACCACCUAGACUCUUCCACUAAACCUGACAGUAGUGAAGAAGACACACUUUCAACGCCUUCAGCUGUCUGGACCACUGAAGAGUUAGCAAGCAGUGAAAAUGUCACAGAUGAGAUACCAAAGUCUGAAACAGGGUACCUGCACCGAGGGCAAUUUGAACAAGCAGCCGAUGCCAGCACAUCAGACUCUGCUGCGGAACACACCACACUUUCGCUUCCAAGCAACGUAGACGAAACCACUACAUUCUACAAUAAGGCCGAAAUAAGUCUCUCCGAUAUGCCACCGUCACUAUAUGAUACACACACAGAGUCAAUGCAAUAUUCGACCCAACAGCCAGAGGGAGGCUCCAAGAAAGAUGAUAACGUUUCAAUACCUAAUACCGACCAUCUAGACUCUUCCACUAAACCUGACAGUAGUGAAGAACACACACUUUCAACGCCUUCAGCUGUCUGGACCACUGAAGAGUUAGCAAGCAGUGAAAAUGUCACAGAUGAGAUACCAAAGUCUGAAUCAGGGAACCUGCACCCAGGGCAAUUUGAACAAGCAGCCGAUGCCAGCACAUCAUACUCUGCUGCGGAACACACCACACUUCAGCUUCCAAGCAACGAAGACGAAACCACUACAUUUUACAAUAAGGCCGAAAUAAGUCUCUCCGAUAUGCCACCGUCUCUAUAUGAUACACCCACAGAGUCAAUGCAAUAUUCGACUCAACAGCCAGAGGGAGACUCCAAGAAAGAUGAUAACGUUUCAAUACCUAAUACCGACCAUCUAGACUCUUCCACUAAACCUGACAGUAGUGAAGAAGACACACUUUCAAUGCCUUCAGCUGUCUGGACCACUGAACAGUUAGCAAGCACUGAAAAUGUCACAGAUGAGAUACCAAAGUCUGAAUCAGGGUACCUGCACCCAGGGCAAUUUGAACAAGCAGCCGAUGCCAGCACAUCAGACUCUGCUGCGGAACACACCACACUUCCGCUUCCAAGCAACGAAGACGAAACCACUACAUUCUACAAUAAGGCCGAAAUAAGUCUCUCCGAUAUGCCACCGUCACUAUAUGAUACACACACAGAGUCAAUGCAAUAUUCGACCCAACAGCCAGAGGGAGACUCCAAGAAAGAUGAUAACGUUUCAAUACCUAAUACCGACCAUCUAGACUCUUCCACCAAACCUGACAGUAGUGAAGAAGACACACUUUCAACGCCUUCAGCUGUCUGGACCACUGAAGAGUUAGCAAGCAGUGAAAAUGUCACAGAUGAGAUACCAAAGUCUGAAUCAGGGUACCUGCACCCAGGGCAAUUAGAACAAGCAGCCGAUGCCACCACAUCAAUCUCUCCUGUGGAACACACAACACUUCCGCUUCCAAGCAACGAAGCCGAAACCACUACAUUCUAUGAUAAGGCCGAAAUAAGUCUCUACGAUUUGCAGCCGUCUCUAUAUGAUACACACUCAGAGUCAGCGCAACAUUCGUCCCAACAGCCAGAGGAAAACUCCAAGAAAGAUGACAAUGUUUCGAUACCUAAUACCGACGAUCGAGACUCUUCCACUAAACCUGACAGUAGUGAAGAAGACACACUUUCAACGCCUUCAGCUGUCUGGACCACUGAAGAGUUAGCAAGCAGUGAAAAUGUCACAGAUGAGAUACCAAAGUCUGAAUCAGGGUACCUGCACCCAGGGCAAUUUGAACAAGCAGCCGAUGCCAGCACAUCAGACUCUGCUGCGGAACACACCACACUUCCGCUUCCAAGCAACGAAGACGAAACCACUACAUUCUACAAUAAGGCCGAAAUAAGUCUCUCCGAUAUGCCACCGUCUCUAUAUGAUACACCCACAGAGUCAAUGCAAUAUUCGACCCAACAGCCAGAGGGAGACUCCAAGAAAGAUGAUAACGUUUCAAUACCUAAUACCGACCAUCUAGACUCUUCCACUAAACCUGACAGUAGUGAAGAAGACACACUUUCAACGCCUUCAGCUGUCUGGACCACUGAAGAGUUAGCAAGCAGUGAAAAUGUCACAGAUGAGAUACCAAAGACUGAAUCAGGGUACCUGCACCCAGGUCAAUUUGAACAAGCAGCCGAUGCACGCACAUCAGACUCUGCUGCGGAACACACCACACUUCCGCUUCCAAGCAACGAAGACGAAACCACUACAUUCUACAAUAAGGCCGAAAUAAGUCUCUCCGAUAUGCCACCGUCUCUAUAUGAUACAUCCACAGAGUCAAUGCAAUAUUCGACCCAACACCCAGAGGGAGACUCCAAGAAAGAUGAUAACGUUUCAAUACCUAAUACCGACCAUCUAGACUCUCCCACUAAACCUGACAGUAGUGAAGAAGACACACUUUCAACGCCUUCAGCUGUCUGGACCACUGAAGAGUUAGCAAGCAGUGAAAAUGUCACAGAUGAGAUACCAAAGUCUGAAUCAGGGUACCUGCACCCAGGGCAAUUUGAACAAGCAGCCGAUGCCAGCACAUCAGACUCUGCUGCGGAACACACCACACUUCCGCUUCCAAGCAACGAAGACGAAACCACUACAUUCUACAAUAAGGCCGAAAUAAGUCUCUCCGAUAUGCCACCGUCACUAUACGAUACACACACAGAGUCAAUGCAAUAUUCGACCCAACAGCCAGAGGGAGACUCCAAGAAAGAUGAUAACGUUUCAAUACCUAAUACCGACCAUCUAGACUCUUCCACUAAACCUGACAGUAGUGAAGAAGACACACUUUCAACGCCUUCAGCUGUCUGGACCACUGAAGAGUUAGCAAGCAGUGAAAAUGUCACAGAUGAGAUACCAAAGUCUGAAUCAGGGUACCUACACCGAGGGCAAUUUGAACAAGCAGCCGAUGCCAGCACAUCAGACUCUGCUGCGGAACACACCACACUUUCGCUUCCAAGCAACGAAGACGAAACCACUACAUUCUACAAUAAGGCCGAAAUAAGUCUCUCCGAUAUGCCACCGUCACUAUAUGAUACACACACAGAGUCAAUCCAAUAUUCGACCCAACAGCCAGAGGGAGACUCCAAGAAAGAUGAUAACGUUUCAAUACCUAAUACCGACCAUCUAGACUCUUCCACUAAACCUGACAGUAGUGAAGAAGACACACUUCCAACGCCUUCAGCUGUCUGGACCACUGAAGAGUUAGCAAGCAGUGAAAAUGUCACAGAUGAGAUACCAAAGUCUGAAUCAGGGUACCUGCACCCAGGGCAAUUUGAAGAAGCAGCCGAUGCCAGCACAUCAGACUCUGCUGCGGAACAUACCACACUUUCGCUUCCAAGCAACGAAGACGAAACCACUACAUUCUACAAUAAGGACGAAAUAAGUCUCUCCGAUAUGCCACCGUCACUAUAUGAUACACACACAGAGUCAAUGCAAUAUUCGACCCAACAGCCAGAGGGAGACUCCAAGAAAGAUGAUAACGUUUCAAUACCUAAUACCGACCACCUAGACUCUUCCACUAAACCUGACAGUAGUGAAGAAGACACACUUUCAACGCCUUCAGCUGUCUGGACCACUGAAGAGUUAGCAUGCAGUGAAAAUGUCACAGAUGAGAUACCAAAGUCUGAAACAGGGUACCUGCACCGAGGGCAAUUUGAACAAGCAGCCGAUGCCAGCACAUCAGACUCUGCUGCGGAACACACCACACUUUCGCUUCCAAGCAACGUAGACGAAACCACUACAUUCUACAAUAAGGCCGAAAUAAGUCUCUCCGAUAUGCCACCGUCACUAUAUGAUACACACACAGAGUCAAUGCAAUAUUCGACCCAACAGCCAGAGGGAGGCUCCAAGAAAGAUGAUAACGUUUCAAUACCUAAUACCGACCAUCUAGACUCUUCCACUAAACCUAACAGUAGUGAAGAACACACACUUUCAACGCCUUCAGCUGUCUGGACCACUGAAGAGUUAGCAAGCAGUGAAAAUGUCACAGAUGAGAUACCAAAGUCUGAAUCAGGGAACCUGCACCCAGGGCAAUUUGAACAAGCAGCCGAUGCCAGCACAUCAUACUCUGCUGCGGAACACACCACACUUCAGCUUCCAAGCAACGAAGACGAAACCACUACAUUUUACAAUAAGGCCGAAAUAAGUCUCUCCGCUAUGCCACCGUCUCUAUAUGAUACACCCACAGAGUCAAUGCAAUAUUCGACUCAACAGCCAGAGGGAGACUCCAAGAAAGAUGAUAACGUUUCAAUACCUAAUACCGACCAUCUAGACUCUUCCACUAAACCUGACAGUAGUGAAGAAGACACACUUUCAAUGCCUUCAGCUGGCAAUUUGAACAAGCAGCCGAUGCCAGCACAUCAGACUCUGCUGCGGAACACACCACACUUCCGCUUCCAAGCAACGAAGACGAAACCACUACAUUCUACAAUAAGGCCGAAAUAA